AUCGCAAACAAGCUUGAAAGGGCACCAAUUUGAAACAGGCGUUCCUGUUUGCUUGCGACUUGGAUUUACUGCCACAUUGCCAAAACAAUUGCUUCAAACUGAAAUUAACGUUAGUUGUCAAGUGGUUGAGGUAGACUCAUAUCUGCAAAGAAAACUGCUUUAGUUUGCCCUGGGAGGAUAUUGGACAUUUUAGUCAACCUGCCUAGCAGUUUAUGCUAGUUUACCUGGUUAGCGUUAAUGCUAAGCAGCAAAUGGUCUAACUUCGACGUUAAUCAUCAGUCAUUGAUUAACUAAUCCCGAUUAGGACCAGUUAACGUUAAGGUAAAAACUAAAAUGCCUUCCCGUGUUGAUGAUUAUGAGGUAUUGUACACAAUAGGAUCUGGAUCAUAUGGAAAAUGUCAGAAAAUACGGAGAAAGUCCGAUGGAAAGAUUCUCGUUUGGAAAGAACUGGACUAUGGUACCAUGGCGGAAGCUGAAAAACAAAUGUUGGUAUCGGAGGUGAACCUGUUGCGGGAGCUGAAGCACCCCAAUAUUGUUCGCUAUUACGACCGCAUCAUAGACCGUAGCAACACGACGCUGUACAUUGUAAUGGAAUACUGCGAGGGAGGAGAUCUCUCCAGUCUAAUCACCAAGUGCAUCAAGGAGAGACGGUACCUAGAGGAGGAGUUAAUCUUGCGGGUGUUGGCACAGCUGUCCUUGGCUCUGAAAGAGUGCCAUCGGCGGACUGAUGGGGGCUGCACCGUACUGCACCGCGACCUUAAGCCAGCCAACAUUUUCCUUGAUGCCAAGCAGAAUGUUAAACUCGGAGACUUUGGUCUGGCACGGAUCCUCAACCACGACACAAGCUUUGCCAAGACAUUUGUGGGCACACCUUAUUACAUGUCGCCGGAACAAAUGAACAGGAUGUCAUACAAUGAGAAAUCCGAUAUUUGGUCUCUAGGCUGCCUGGUGUAUGAGCUUUGUGCCCUUUCUCCCCCUUUUACUGCAUACAACCAGAAGGACCUGGCAGAGAAGAUCAGGGAGGGCAAAUUCAGACGGAUCCCAUACAGAUAUUCAGAGGAGCUCAACACGUUUUUGUCAAAGAUGCUCAAUUUGAAGGACUACCUGAGGCCCUCGGUGGAAUCCAUCCUCCAAAGCAGCUUGAUUUCCGAGAUGGUCGCUGAGGAGCAGAGGAGGGCUCAAGCUCGGAACCGGCGGCGGUCCGCAGUGGGCCAGGGCAACCCUGAACGGCCCAAGACUCCGGCAGCCCACGAGCAGCGCGGCUCUGCUGGAACAGGAGUCGCUGCAGGGGCUGCCAUCGCCGCUGCCUCGUCAGAGCUGCGUCUGAGGGUCGAGGUGCUCCGCGAGCGUGAGGUGGCCAUCAAGCAACGUGAGGAGAGACUGGAGAAAAGAGAGCAAGAGCUCUGCGCUCGUGAGCGGCUUUGUAACGAGAAGAUGGCCAGGGCAGAGAACCUACUGAGGACCUAUAACCUCAGUAAACAGCAGAGGGCGCACUCUCCUUUCUCCAGGUCUCCAGAUGGAGAGGAAGAGAAUAUCUCUCCAGGGAAAAAAAAGGUUCACUUUGCUGGAGACAGCAAGGAGAACCAGCUUCCAACAAAAGGGAGGGAGAAACCUCAGGAUGUGGCACUCCGAAAGAGGCUGCAGGCAGCCAACUUGCGGGCCGAGGCCUUGGGUGAGGUGGAGAGGACCCUUCAGCUCAAGAGCCGGCAGAUUCUGGGCAUCCGCUAGCCGCGAGUGUCCUCCCGAAACCCGAAGACGACUUUCAAGUGCUCGCUCACAAUGGCUUCAGUCCUUAAUGGAUGGGCAGGGUGUGGUCACAGUCUGUUUGGAACGCCUGUGAGAAUAUCACCAUUAACACAUCCAGUUGUCUUGAUCAUAACGAUUCUUUCCCAUUCAGCUCCACAACCUCAAGCAACUAACACUGAGAAGAUGAUCUUGCUGUUACAAAGCAGAGUGGUUUUAGUGUGUCUCAGGAUUAUGAGGAAAGGAUUUGGAAAUGUCUGUUAUCCUGGAAAGACUGUAAAUAGCUCUAAAUUAUUUCAAGUGCCAUAAUACAUAUUUUAGGUUAAACAACUGUGUUUAUAAGAUAUUUUUUGCUGCAGCUAUUAUUUAAGUUCAGUGUGUUAGUAAAUGUAACAUUGUUCUCUAUGACUGUAAUAUACAGUACAUACUAGGUCCUGUUAAGCUAUUUGUAUGUUCAUUGACUGAGAAAAGUUAUUUACGAGAUUUAUGAGUGUUUUAAUGGAUGCCAAUCCAAACUACUGAGAGGCCUGAAGUUUUGUUUUAAAAUGGAACACUUGAUUGCAUUUGAAAAGGGAAGUCUUCAGACGUUCUUGGUCCAGGUCUAGUCCCAUGUGGCAUUAUUGAUGUUUCCGUGUUCCCUUUUCUUUCGAAACCACAUUCUUGUGUUGUCCUUGACUUUCAGUUCAGUUAUUUAGAACAUUUCCAUCAUGUGACGAAAUCGUUUCAGUUUUUUUUUUUUUUUUUUUUUUUUUUCGUUGGUCCAUCUACACACGGCCCACUUGAAUUAAUGCUAGUGUUGAUGAUUUAUAAGGAAGGGAUGAUUCAUAAGGAGCAAACUUCAUUGGGUUAACCUGAAUGGGUUUUGAGGUUUUUCUUCAUGCCUCCAAAUAAAAGGCAGCUAGAGAAACUAAA